AUGGGCUAUAUGAUGACGACAGCGUGGAUGCCGGCGGCAAUCCUGCCGCUGGUUCUCAAGCUUGCUGCCGUGCUGAUAACGGUCGGCGUUCUAAAGGUCGUUUUGAAAGCUUACACAAUCAGAAGAAAAUUCAAGCAGGUAAAAGCGCAAGGCAUUGUAGGUGUGACCCUCUUUACUCUUGGAGUAUGUGUAGCUAAUCUUGACAAACAGCCUAUGCUGCCUCAUUCCUGGAUAACGGGCCAUCUACCCAUCAUGUUUGAGUUUCGCAAGGAGUAUCCGGGAGACAUCAACAUCGGGAACUUCCACCCAUGGAUCAUCAACAACUACCAGAGGUACUUCCCAGACAUGGACCACUGCCCACCAGUCAUCUAUCUCGACCUAUGGCCUGUGUUGAAGGCCCCCAUAGUGGCUGCUUACAAGAACACCGUCGCGGCGCAGUUCACCCAGACAAAGAACCUCGAUAAGCAUCAAAUCUCCCUUGAUUUCAUGAACCCUUUGACCAAGGGCAAGGAUAUUGCUACACUUCAAGGCGACGAGUGGAAGAAAUGGCGAGGCUGGUUUAACCCGGGCUUCAGCGCGAGAAAUGUUUCCACCAUGGUCCCCGAGCUCAUCGAAGAGAUCAAAGUCUUUGCCGAGAACUUGCGGCAAAGGGCGGGCCAAAAUGGGUCGUGGGGUCCCAUGUUCCAAUUCCGCAACAUGACAACCGCGCUGACAUUCGACAUUAUCGUACGUGCCGUUUUGGACGAGCGACUUCAUGAGCAGACUAACCCAACCGGGGGCCCGCUGAGAGUGGCACUAGCAGAUCAACUGAGACUGAUGGGCAUACGGCAAGCGUUCAGCUUCGGCUAUCUGUUCCCGUGGCAGAACAAGGCCGUGGAUCACAACAAUCGAAUUGUACACAACCAACUUGCCCCUAAUGUUGUGCGCUCCCUCGAGUCCGGCCUCAAGCCAUCAAAGAAGAAGACGGUGCUCAACCUAGCCCUUAUUCACCUCGCCGAGGAGGCUGGUGGGCGCCCCAUUGACCCAACCACGGACCCGGACAUGAUGGAGACCAUCCUGGGUAACUUGAAGACUUUCCUGGUCGCCGGGCAUGAGACUACGGCGAGCGCCCUGUGCUUCAUGUUCAAGGUCCUACAGGACAACCCGGACUGCAUGGCCAGGGUCCGCGCCGAGCACGACGAGGUCCUGGGCCCUGACCCCGACCAAGCAGCCGACGUUCUCAGCGGCUCACCGCAGUUGCUGAACUCUCUACGGUACACGCACGCGGUCAUCAAGGAGACGAUGCGCAUAUACCAGCUCGCUUCCACCAUGCGAGGUGGCGAAGCCGGUUUCUACCUGAGUGACCCAGAGACAGGCAUGCAGUAUCCCACCGAGGGCUUCCUGGUGUGGGACGGCGGGCCGGGAAUGCAGCACGAUCCGUCUCUGUGGCCGCACGUCGAAAGUUUCAUACCGGACCGAUGGCUCGCGCCAGCCGAAGAUCCGCUUCACCCGGUCAAGGACGCCUGGCGAGCCUUCGCCAGGGGCCCUCGGGACUGCAUCGGGCAGGAGGUCGCGCUGGUGGAGAUCAAGUUGGUCGCCGCUUUGAUCAUGCGCAAGUUUGAUGUUGAAGAGGCCUGGGACGAGUGGGAUGCUGUUCAGAGUACCAAGGGCCGGAAGGACAUUGUUAGAGGUCAGCGAUUAUACGUGGCAGGGGAUGGGAUUGGGCAUCCCAAGGACGGCAUGCCGGUCCAUGUUCGUCUUCGUCAGAAAUGA